UGCAUUAACGCGGGGCCUCUGGCUCUCGGGUUCGUCUUGCUAACAUACUACAAGAACAGUAAUAAUGUUAUUGUGCCUUCUAUACAUUCACAUGAAGGAAAUACUAAGGAGCUGGUGAUUCUAAAGACAGCCUGCUUAUCAUGGCUCGUGUUACCACUUUCAUGGGCUUUACUAUUCCUCACCUACUGAGAAGUGCCUGCAGACUUUGUCCUGCUCAUUCCACACUGGUGGUGUUGAGGCACUCUGCUUCUUGUUACUGUACAGUGAAUGGCACAACACAAUCAAAAAGGAAAAUGGAUCACCUUGAGAGAACAGCAAAUAAUUUUCGCCAGGAGGUAAUUUCACAAGCCAAAGUGUGUGGAAUCACCAAUGAAUCAGAGACAGUUAAGAGACUACGUUUGGCCAUCACAAAUAAAGAUUUUACUUUCAAAGCGGGACAGUGGGUUGAUUUCUUUAUUCCUGGGGUAUCUGUGAUUGGGGGAUUCUCAAUGUGUUCAAGCCCGGGUCUAUUGGAGCGAGAAGGAGUGAUAGAGCUUGCAGUGAAGUACACUGAUCAUCCUCCUGCUCGCUGGAUUCACACUGAGUGUACUCUUGACUCAGAAGUUGCUCUGCGAGUGGGAGGUGAUUUCUUCUUUGAUCCUCAGCCUGGUGACACCCCUGUAAAGCUAGUGCUAAUAGCAGGGGGUGUUGGAAUUAACCCCUUGUUUUCUAUACUGCUGCAUGUAGCAGAUCUUCAUGGAUACCAAGAGAGUAAAGGAAAUGGAUACAAAAUGGGAACAGUGAAGCUGUACUACAGUGCAAAAAAUACAAAUGAACUCUUAUUUAAGAAAAAUAUUCUCGGUUUGAUGAGUGCACUUCCUGGAAAGAUCACAUGUCGUUUCCACGUUACCCAGCAGAAUUCACCCAUCUGUGAAGAACUUCAGCCCCACAUCACAGAGGGAAGAAUAUCUGGAAAGGAUCUAGAAAAACAUGUAUCUAAGGAUACUUUGUGGUACAUUUGUGGUCCACCUCCAAUGAUAGAAUCUAUUUCCCAACUGCUGUACAACUCCGGUGUUCAUAGGAACUGUGUUUUCUUUGAGAAAUGGUGGUAAUGAACAGAAAAUAAACUGGUUUUGGAGUAUUCUGAUGAGAUAAAAUGUACAGGAGAUGGAAUUGAAUUACUUCGAAGAUUUCAUUUCAUAGAUUAAGCUGUCCUCAAUCCUGACAGUGUUUCUUUAAUUUAAUGGUAAUACAACUGUAACACAGUGCUGCUGCUUUUGAAAAGUGAUUUUAUAUUAAAGCCGUCAACUGUUCUCGUUUGUGGAUGGUUUGCCUACUUCUGGGUAGCAGCAUAUUUUCUUUCGUAGUGUUUGAAAAAAAAAGGCUCUCAAAACCUCACUCUUUAAAGGUGUGACUGUGCUUCGGAGUACAAAGCCAACAUAUUAUUGCCUCUCUUUGCAGAAAAACACAUCAUAGAAAUGUUCAGAAUAAUUAAAAAGAAAGGCACAGUGAACAAAUUAGUUAAUCAUCAAAAUAGUUCAGGUCCUUAAGUAGUAGAUUCCCAGUUUAUACCUGAAGACUUCAAAAAAGGAACACCUAAAUUAAUGAAAACACUAAUUAAUAUAAUAUUAUUUUUAAAUGUUAGAUAUAUUCUUUGUUGGUGGCUUUUUUCUUUGGGUUAAAUGACAGUUCUCCAAUAGGUAACACGGCAACUUUUCUCCCUUCAGCAUCCCUCCACUUUGCUUUUAGCUCACGCUGAGCCUUGCCACUCCAAACCUUUUCUAUCGGUCUUAGUGAGUGUAGGAUACAUAGCCUGUAGGUUUCCACUGCCUCAUCUACAUACACCUUGCCUACAAACACAGUGAGACAGACAAACGAGGCACCUCCUGGCCCCAGCUUUGAGUGCAGCAUAAGAACAGGACUGGAAUGCGUGGCAGUUGGUGCAGAAGUUGCAGAUGACUGGCUGAAAUAGUCCUGGAGGUUUUCAGCACACUGAGUGUCAGAAGGGGAACUCUGUACUUCCUGCAGCUCAGAACAAGCAGAACUUAAGGAAACAAGGCCCUGUGUUCCAUCCCAAAGAGGUAAGUGCUGAAUUAUGGAUCUUAAAGAUUUGUCUCAGGCUUUCAGGGGACAGCACCACACUGAGGGUCUGCCUGUAAGUCUUCAUCUCCCAGCGAUGGCAGCCCCAUACAGUGGGUCUGGUGCUUCUGUACUAUACAACACUGCCCGCGUGGUGCAACUGCUUAUCCCCCAUCAGUCACUGCAGGCCCAGAGGGAACGUCGCAUCACAUUCUCUCUGACUGAAAUGAGGGGAAAGUGCCUGAAUACUCUAUCGCAAAGAACAGUUCCUUGUUCAUUCACUCCAGAAUGUAAAUAGGACAGCGUGCUUGUCAUGAACAAUAAAACCAUGGGGUUUUGUCUUCGUGAAGAUCGUGACUGACAGGUCAGAGAUUGAUGCUUGAAGGAAGCAGGGUUCUUUUCUUGGAAAAGUGCAAUAAAUUGGGCUAUGGGUAAGUGUUGGUGCCCUAAAAUAAAAACCAGACUGUGUUCCUCUGUGUUUUACAAUGUAAUGGUAAGAAAAUUGGGGUAAGCCUUUGCAUGUUGUUUUCCUUAUGAUUUUUAAACUACUAAGUGUAUUAUAAAGUGGUUUGCCAUUUAUUUUCCUUAAUGCACAUGCUUUCUUUAGCACAAAUUGCAUCUCUUUCACAAACCGCUUCUCAGAGUUAUACCAAAAUAUAGAUGUAACAAAAGGCAUUUCUAAACCCUUUGCUUCUGUAAUCAUCUUCGUUCCCUCUAACCUCUUUCUGUCAUCCUCUGUUACACUCAGACUGAGAGCUAUGAGGCAAGGACACAUCUCCUUAACUGUACAGUUUCACCUACUUGUACAGGGGUAUUACGAAUUCCCCUGUCCACCCACACCCAUGCUCAUCACAGCAGCAAAAGAUGGAAAAAUGAAAAAUAAGUAAAGUCACCCCACAGCAUUCACCUCAGUUGCUGUUAAUGAGUUCUUUCUUACCUUGAGUGGUUAUGCUGCCACAAGGCACCUGAAUUCCACAAUGCAGAAUGGCUGUAAAUAUGAACUUCCCCUAACUGCACAGCCUUUUCUUGUUGAUACACAAGAAUACUUUGGAAGCAUCUUCUUUCUAGAAUUUAAUGGUCUUGUAGUGAAACUUCAGUUUCACCUUCAACUCUGUCCUUGGAUCUCACUCCACUGUAACUGAAGGCAAAAAAAGCAGAAAAGUAAAUUAACCUAUAUAAGCAUAGGCUGUACAAAUAAUUAACUGACUGUGAUGCUGUUGAAGGAAACAGAAACCAACCCCUGCUGCUCAGAAGCUGCUGAGCUGGAGAAACAUUCUCUUCACACUGUCAAAGCAUAGUAUUUAAUUUUAGAAAAUAUUUAUUCAUCUUAUAUGCUUGCCACCAACUAAGGGAAGAUGAAAAAGUAGACCAAUAUUUACUUCUUUUCCAAGAAACACUGGCCUGUGAGUUACCUGUGCUACAGCCUCACUACACUGAAUGUUUUCCUCCUCCUGUGAUGUUUUAUCAGUUUACUGUUUGCUCAUCGGUACAACGGAUAUGAAGUAUUCCUAUUGGAUCUGCAUUCAUUAACUGGAAAAUAGUGACUAUUCAGUUAUUACAGUGCUUUAGUUCGUAGAGUGCUUUUAGAGCAAAUGAAAGAAAGCGCUUUGAGGGAAAAGCCUUUUCUGCAGCCCUCCAGUGUUUGGUGAGGGAAUGGUGAGAGGCAGCCACCACCCACAGCUCUGCAGGCUGCGUUCUGCUGAGUCCUGUGUCAGGACAGCCUUUAACUCCAGAAGCACAUCCCUGCUGCCAGUGUGGGACACGGCUCCAGACCCACAGGCGCACUGCAGUGGUGACCAGCACUCCUCGUACCUUUGUGGAAUGUUUUUCAGCAAGAAAUUAGUACCUGGCUCUUUUUAUGCUUUUUAGUUACAGGAUAAUGAAAAUGCUGCAUGAAAAUGUGAUAGUGCUUUAUUUCUGCCCUAUAAUUGGCUCCCCGAGGCAAAUGUACAGAGUCACGGGAACUACAAAGAGAAAGCACAGUACCAACUGCUCACUGCAGAAACUGAGGCUGAUACAGGAGCCAAAUUAGGAAAAAAAGAAUGCAUGACAGUGUUAUUUUCUACACAGCUUCAUUUCCAUGCAUAUGUUAAAGCUACUCUGAGCUACUAUUUCAGUGGUUUUGUUUUGCAGUGCACAGCACAAAUUAAAGAAGCUCUGCAAGAUGAAGUGCCAGGCACAUCUGUGCAUUUAGCCUGUCUUACAAGUUCACAUAAACUAUGAGAAUGUCCCAGCGCUUUGGACUUUCAUUCCACUUUGGUUCAACCUCCCUGUCACCACCUCCUGCUGAUGGUUUCAAUAUGAAAUCUCUUUUCCAUCAUUUAGCUUAUCCUCUUCUUUAUCCACAUUCAAUCUUUCUAUUCCCUAAUUGGCUGAGCUGGUUCCUUCCUUCAAACUCAUACUGUUUAAUGAUUACCUCCUUCAGAUGACCACUUGCUCUCAGCAGCAGCCUGCAUAACUCCUGUCAGUAACACACAUGCUCUUCCUUCAGAGGCAGCUCUUGUGCCUGGCUGACACCCUGAGUCUGGCUGAUGUGAGAAGGGCAGCGCUUAUGUUAAGAAGGGUGGAGUGCUACCUGCCUGUGCUGCAGUCCUUCAGUCAGCAGCCCACACCUGGAACAGCCCUUAACACAGCUCCUCGCUGAGGUGUGCAGCAAUGCAUGCUGCUGUCCCCUUCCAAGAGAGGCACAGCAAGAGCAGUUUGCAUUCCCACUGGAAGAUUCUGCCAGUUGAGCUUAACACAGCAGCUCUCCACAGAGAGGAAAGAGCCUGGCUUCAUUCUCUUCCUUCACCUGGGGGUGACAAACUCUGUUGCAGAGCUGUGGCUGCUCUGAGUAACGGUCCCUUCAGUUUUUCCCCACUGCUGGGACACUGCCCCUCACUGCUCAGGGAGGUAAGCCUUCGCCUGGCCAUCCUUCUCCUCUAUUCAGGCUUCAAAUACAGUGACGACUGAUUACUUUCAUUUCCUUGACAACUGUGGUCUUGGUUUUUCAAGCCUAAAACGGCUGGUAAGAUGAGGUAGAAAACACAUGCAGCAGACGCAGAGCCUUCCUGCUGUGGCCACAGGCUGCCUUUGCCAGCACUCCUCACAUCUGUGUCGUGUCUGCACAGUGAUGGAAGCUCACUCUUCUUAAGACAGGGGCGUGGGGAUGGCAAGCACACAGCUCCAGACUGCUGAAUUGACUGAGAACAAGUCAGAGUCCCAGGCUGGAAAUAAUUACAUGACCAUUUGAACCAUUUGCCCUUUUUAAACUGAAAAACAUGUAUUUCUUGUCAAGUCUUCCCAACUUUAAGCCGCUCCAGCAGCUACAGGAAUGAAUUUCUGUACCAGGCUUUCACUUAGAGCAGUGAGCUUCCUCACACUCUGCCAGACUGCUGACAGACAACCAGAGCGGGCUGCAGCACUCAGCAACACGUGCUAAGGCAGUCAUCUGCAGCUUCACUUCUUUACCACGUAGAGACCCUGAGUUCCUCCUUUUGGGGACAAAUAAUUAGCAGCUGUGCAAUUACCACAAAUAGGAAACCUCCUCAUGAACUUUAUUUCUCUUGUUUUGUAAGCAGUUGGGAUGCAAACAAGGUCAAAUUGCAAUCCGAUAAACACUUUCUAUUCAGAAGUAUUUGGCAAGUUCAAUCUAUUGCAACAUUUUUACUAGUAAAAUGUUCAUUAAAUACCGUACAUUUUUAAACAAGAUUAAUAUAAAGCUAGUCCUUAAGACAGAAACCAUCAGUAGAAAUCUUAUGCUAAUAAAAGUUGCAAACAGCUACUUAGAACUGUCCAGAGCAGAGACCUUGUCUGUAUGUGGAACAACUGAAAUAACACAUUUUUGAGGUUAUUGGAACGUCAGCUUAAUAUGGAGAAACAGAGUGAAAUAAUUGAAAAAUACCACCAGUUACUCACAGUCCUGUGGUUAACCCACCAAAUUCAAAAUGAAUACUCUUCAGUCAGCGAAAAAAAAUCCUCCCGUGCCUUAUGUGUAUGAAAUGGAACGGUUUCAACUUGAGUGCCAUUGUCCCGAUAAAGGAAUUUUCCAAAUGGGAUGAUUUUUCCCUUCUCUGCAGUGCUCUGCAAGCCGUAUGAUUUUCAGGCACAGAAGAUGCUUUUAACCACGCCAGGUGUGCAUUUGAUGCAGAACACAGUUCUUUCACUGUACAGCAUUUUGGUUUAAAGACAGGAAAAUUGCUGGGCACAAACUAGUUGAGGGACAAAGCUAACAAAUGACUUAACUGAGCUCUUGUUUAAAAAAAAAAAAAAA